UAACCACGGCCACCAGGAGCGGAUGCUGCGCACAGACAAGCCGUUGCUCUCCUUCCAAGAAGAAACGGCGAAGCUGAACCUGAAACAGCGGCACUCGCUGCAAACCGACCUCUUCGCCCGUACGGAGUCUGACAAAAACAUGCUGACAGUGACCACAAGCCAACCCUUAUCAAGUGUAAAAGUGUCUGGGUCUGGAAGAGUCAUGCUGUUUUUGCAUGACACAGAAGGUCUGGCAUGGAAGCUCUAGCAUUACAGGUUUCGAGAACCUUCCGCAUUGCCGAAUCCGCAUGACAAGUCCCCUACUUUGCUGACAAAAAGUUGUGGGAGCUUUUGCUACGUAUGCAUGAGAGACUUUUCCGUGUUCUGAAAUACGCAUUACAAGUUGCAUUCUUCCAGACCCAGACAUUUUUACACUUGAUAACCCUUGCACCGGAUCAAUUCGAACGCGUCCUCGCAGAGCGGCGGAAGAACCUCAAAUUGUGGCACCAGACACAACUACAUCCACAACUACACGUCGUCGGGCAGCACGAACAGGGGAAACAAAACCACAACCUCGAAUUCUUACGGCCGCUCAUCGUACAACUUUUCGACGGCGGAAAUGAUGAUGGGGACGAACAAGAACUGCAGGCCGCGUGUUUCGCUGAACAACCCGAUGUUCUCGGGAACAGCAGGAGCACCAAGAGGACCACCUUCACAAGCGCCGCCGGCUCGGAGUCGGUUGAACUCGGUGGAGCAGAUCCCUUCGAUGUACCGGCCGCGCCGGGCCUCCGAGCUGCUGCUCAACCGGAGGCCGGCAAAUUUGAUGGACGAGCAAACACCGGUGGUGCGACAAUUGGUCGUGGAUCGAAAUGUGCGG